AUGCUUGAGAGAAAUCAUGGCAUGUAUUCAAUAUGCAACUGCUCUUCAACAAAUAUUUCGUAUGGUCUCCUUUGGUCUCAAUUACAGCCUGGCAUCGAUGCUGCAUGCUUCUGGUCAAAGUUGAUGAAAAUCUUCAAUGUUGUUAAUACUGGCCCUCUCGUCACUCAUGCACCUCUCGAGAGCCCACCAGAGAUGCUCAAUGGGGUUGAAAUCCAGGCUUUGAGCAGGCCAGUAGUCAAAACCUCGGAUCUCAUGGAUAUCUUUCCACCACCUCUAGUACGACCCAGUAUGACAGCUGGCGUUGCCCUCUUGGAACACGAAACUCCUGUUCUGUUCCCGUGA